AUGUGUGCAUUCUAUUUGCAAUUGCAGAGCAAUAUAUUCGGCGGUUUGGAUGAGAGCUUGUUGGCCCGCGCGGAAGCUCUGGCGGCGGUGGAUAUAGCCUCGCAGACCAAGAGCCACCAUCACCCUCCUCACCACAGUCCCUUCAAGCCGGACGCAACCUACCACACCAUGAAUACUCUUCCCUGCACCUCGUCUUCUUCCUCCGUGCCUAUUUCGCACCCGUCAGCCCUGUCCGGUCACCACCAUCACCACCACCAUCACCACCACCACCAGCCGCACCAAGGUCUAGAAGGGGAUCUGCUUGACCACAUCACCCCAGGACUGGCACUAGCAGGAGCCAUGGCAGGGCCGGAUGUCUCCACGCCUGCGCACCCAGCCCACAUGGCCGGGAUGAACCAUAUGCACCAGGCGGCUAUCAACAUGGCUCACGUCCACGGUCUGCCGACCCACAUGGGCUGUAUGAGCGACGUGGAUGCUGAUCCAAGGGACUUAGAAGCUUUUGCUGAGAGGUUUAAGCAGCGGCGGAUCAAACUCGGCGUGACCCAAGCGGAUGUUGGAUCAGCACUGGCCAACCUGAAGAUUCCAGGAGUGGGCUCCCUCAGCCAGAGCACAAUCUGCCGAUUCGAAUCUCUGACAUUGUCGCACAACAAUAUGAUCGCACUAAAGCCAAUUCUCCAAGCCUGGCUUGAGGAAGCAGAGAAAUCUCACCGAGAGAAACUGAAUAAACCGGAGCUGUUCAACGGAGCGGAGAAGAAGCGAAAGCGCACGUCGAUAGCAGCCCCAGAGAAGCGCUCCCUCGAAGCUUAUUUCGCCAUUCAGCCCCGUCCUUCUUCUGAGAAAAUAGCGGCAAUAGCUGAGAAACUGGACCUCAAAAAGAACGUUGUGCGUGUCUGGUUCUGCAAUCAGCGACAGAAACAGAAACGAAUGAAGUACUCUGCAUGCGUCUAGUUCUGUCACCAUACUUGGUCUAAAAUCAACGCCAGUAUUUUAUGGACUUCAAAAUAAUAAGAGACUAAUGAGAGACUAUUUGUAUGAUAUUUCGUAAAUCACACCUUUUUCAAUCAUCAGUAACGUGUGCUGUGGGCCAGAGUAACUCGUGGCUUUCAAAUUGACUGACUAAAACACUGUCACUUCCAGUACGCAAGGAGGAUGUGGAAUUAUGUAAAGGAUCAAUUGACUAAGCAAGUAAGAUCACCAAUUUUCCCCAUUUAUAAUUCUUCACCGUUUUGUGUGUCAAUGAUGUAUGAGUCGAUAUGACUCAAUAAGAAACUUUUAGUAUAAAUAUUUAGCGAUUUUCGAGAGAUUACGCGUUUUAUGCUGUGUAGUGGCCUAGCAACUAACAGUAACGAAAGAACAGUCCUCAAAAGAAAAAAAUAUGGACAAGGGUCGAUUUGUGGCCAGUGGGACGUCUAUUUUACAUUAUUUUGUCACAAGGCGCUUUUGCAGUAAUUCAGGGUGAGCACAAACAGGGCAUCACGGCAGUCACUUGACCUGUAAGUUCUUCAUAGAAUAUAACCAAACAGUUUCUUUGUAAAUUAUUCAUUUAACCGCCCAUGCCUAUUCUUCACUUCUGUGUAAUUGACAGUUAACUGUGAGCAGGUCUGCAGAGGGGCUAGCAGAAAAAAUAAAUAAUUUAAUUUUGUUUUGUUUGGUACUUAUACUUCAUAUUCGAUAUAUGUUGAACUUGGACUUAAGGUAUCUGUCUAGUCUGUAAAUGUUGAGAAAGUGAACCAUUUAAAUGCAUAAUUGCUGGAUUUGUUUAGACCCAGAAUCUGCUGAGCUCCUUCGCGCCAGCGUGGCCAUGUUUCUUAUGAACUAUUUAUCAAGUGAGGUAAUGUUUACUUCAUUACAUAUUUAUUGGGAUUCCCCCUCGUUUUACUCAAGAAAAUCUAAUUCUGACAGCCAGUAAAGCGUGGGCCUCUACAAACGCGGAAAGACCGUUUAAUUUCAAUCACUAUGAUCUUUUGGUUUCUUCGAACGUUUAAGAUAGUACAAUCGAGAGAUUUAUGAAAUAGUUUUCACUUUUGAAAAUUAUUUUGUGUAUGUUUUCUGGUUAUUUAUUUGUAUAAAUAUGCGCGCAUCAUCGUUGCUUGUUGAAUUCACUUUGUUUAAUGUUUUCUUAAGUAAAAGGAAGACUGAUUUCAUUGACGUAUAUGUGUACAAUGUAAAUAUAUUAUUGGGACAUUUCAAUGCACAUUUAAAUAUGCGUACAGGUUUUUGCUGUAUAACUGUUUUAGCUGAGGUGACCCCUACCUGUAAUGUCUGUUGCUUUAGG